AUGGACCACACUCACCACCACAUGGCCGAGGGCGCCGACAUGACCAUGGACCGUUGCACUAUGAACAUGCUCUUCACAUGGGACACCAACAACCUUUGUAUCGUCUUCCGCUGGUGGCACAUCCGCACGACACCGGGCCUGAUCUUGUCGCUACUCGCCGUCGUCGCCCUCGGUGCCGGAUACGAGGCCUUGCGCGAGGGCAUCCGCCGCUACGAGAUGGUGCUCGCGAAACGCGCUGAAGCUGUGCCACCCGUUUCUGCCGAACAACCGAAUAAAGAAGACCGUGAAUCCCAUGGAGACCGAGAUGACAAUGAUACUGAGACCACGCCUUUCCUCCGUACAGGCCAAGCCCAAGUCGACGUCAACAAACGCGCACACGUCACCAAGGCCGUGCUUUACGGCAUCCAGAACUUUUAUGCUUUUAUGAUUAUGCUUGUUUUCAUGACGUACAACGGCUGGGUGAUGCUCUCAGUGUCCAUCGGCGCCUUUGUUGGCUACCUCCUCUUUGGCGGUGCGACACCGGUCGUCAAGGAGACGGCGUGCCACUGA